CUUCAGUUGUUUCUGGAAUACGAUUGACUGACAUCCACACUGAUGGCGAUUCCAGAAUGGAAAACUGUGCUUCUCUUGUUUGCCGCGGUGGUGCUGAUAUCGCACGAGGUAAUGUGGCAGUGGUGGUGGUGGCGGCUGGACCAUGUUGGAGCAACCAAUGACACAUGUUUACCAGGAAAUUACAAGUUGAUCGGCAAAGAUAGUAUCACUUUUAAAUGUGAGCUGUGCCGUCCCUGUGGUAAUGGUAUGAAGCUUUCGCCGCCAUGUGGCAGCACAUUGACUCUUGAUACCAUUGUGAGAUGCGCGCCUAUUGCAACUCAUGCCACCAAGAGGAUACCAAGAAAAACCUAUUUGCCAACGAAGGCAAUCAAACUUACACACCUAAAACACGGUAAAGGAACUAACAAUCUCCAACGCCGAAAUGGAAACGUUCUCACCUGGUCUCCUUUGGAGGUGAAUGAUAUUUAUAAGACGGAGAGGCUUGAUGACUCAAACGUUUCGAAAAUGGAUGAUGUUGACUUCGAACAUUUUGUUUUGCCAAAGAGUUCUAAAGCGGCUAUACCACGCACAACGUCGGCUCCUCCUAGAACACAUUCCCUUCCGUAUACAAUAAAGCGUUGGGAGAAGAAACAUGACGACAAGUCAUUGCUAUUCAGUAGUAAUGAACAACAACGCCCUAAAGGGUGGAUACAGCAGUUGAAAAGGCCAAAACACUUCACAACACCAUACAUAUCUCCUGAAGUGUUGCAUGAAACAUCACCUAACACCACCUGGAGAUCUCAGAUUAUAAACAUUACUUAUGUGUUAGGAGGUUUUCCGUGGGCCGAAGUUGUGGCGUUUGUUGCGAUUGCCCUGAUUUUCGCAUUGUUUGUAGUUGCGGUGUGGCUUCUGUAUAGUGUCAGACACAUCAUUUGGAAAAAGAAAUGCCGGGGCUAUCAGGUAUUGAGUGAGAGCGAAGAGUCAAUUGAAGAAAUGUCGUACUCCUCUGACAACUCUGAUCACAUAAACGUAAAGAAUUCAACCGACCUGUCUACCUCUCCUGUUGAUCUUAAAGGCCUCAUAUUGUCCGAGCUACCUCCAGAUGUUGAGGAUAUACUUGUAGAAAGAUUGGACGUGCGACGCAAUGGUGAACGUUUCUAUGGUUGGCAAGAAGUAGGUGCUGCAUUUAAGAUCUGCAGAAAUGAACUACGUCACCUAAAGAUAGAAUACAAAAGAGAAAACGGUAGUCCAACCAGCAAGCUGUUAUUGAAACUUGGAACUUGUAAAUGUGCGACAGUAUCCGACCUCGUCAACGUAUUGAAUGGUCGUAGAGUAAACCGCCCCGAUAUCGCCUCUCUAGUCAUUCAAUCCAUUCAAGCAAUCAGUAAUUCCCCGCAUGAAUAGUACCGAAUUUUUUUUUACUUUUUACGGGGAAAAUCUUUGACCUAUUGACCCACCUUCCUUUUGUUGUCCCGGAAACAGUUUUGAGGUGUUCCAUAUGUUGACGCUCAGUAACAGUUCGCCACAUUUCAAAAUCAUCUAAAUGUUAAAUUUAGGAAAACUGUAUUAUAGUGUGAAUAAUUUCGUUGCAAUGUAAAUAAAAGUUAGUUUAGAAUAUUGUGGGAACCAUUUGAUCCACCUGCUACCGUAAAAACUCGCGUUCAUGCAGGAUAUGAUGCAAAGCUUAAAUAUGGUUAAUUCAGGUACAAUUCUUUGAUGGAUAGACAGUACAUCCCAUUUUACCGGUGUCCCCUUGAAAUGUUUAAAUACUUCUGAAUAUGUUAUUUUCAUUUGAUUGAUAAAUUAAAAUAUCAUAGCUACACCACAGCAUCUUAAAAACACCUUUAAUUUCAGUUUCAUGUGCCUGUAACUAAAAAAGCAAGUUUGGUGACUUAAAAUGUUUAUCAUCAGUCGAAUAGAAUCAGCAGAUCGAUAUUUACCUUUCUGCCAAGUUGUACGCUGAUCGGAAUAAAAUGAUAAAAUCAAAGGUUCCUAGCAUAA